AUGAGACUGUUUGCCUCGUUUUGUAUUUAUCUCGGAUUUUGUGUUGGUCUAUACCUACUUUUGAUUCUUGUGUAUUUUAUACGAGAAUGGGAACUUCUAAUGUGGGCUAUCGGUGUACCAAUUGAAUUAAUAAAAUCCAAGUCUUUGCUGUGGAGAUUAAGCAUCGUUAGUAUGAACUGGUUUGCUCUUAAUUUGGUCUAUUAUGGUAUAUCCAUGAACGUUGCCAAAUUUGGUGGUGACUUGUUUGUGAAUUAUGCUGCGUCCUCGUCUGCUGAACUUUUGGCAAUAUUGUUUUCACAGACUUGGCUAACAACCAGCCUAGCUAUGAUUGGGAAAUUUUUUGUAUCAAUCGCUUUUUUUGUUGUUUAUAUGUUAACCGCCGAACUUUUCCCUACUGUACUGAGGGCAUCAUCACUAGGACUUCUUCAAACCAGUGAUGGAUUUCAGUGA